AAACUUCGGGGUGUACAUCAGUUGCUCCUGAACUUCGAAAAGCGCAUGUGUGUGUGUAGGUUGCGCCAGAAGACAGAGGAGUGUCACAUUUCCAUUCGAGUGAAGGACGUACCCUUUAGUGGGACACAGUGAGCUUCCAACGGAACAUCUUGACGUACAAAAAUGGGUGUGGGGGAGGAUGGAGAAAACUCCCCAUUCUUCAUGCCCAAGCCAGAUGAUGAUGAUGGUUCAGAAUUUCAUCUGAACGAUGAGCUUCGCCUUCUGGCACAGACAGAAUUGCGUGAGGAUGACGCCACCCGCCAGCAUGCAAUUCAACAAAUGAGGGAAUGGAUACAGAAACACCCAGAUAUAAAAUGCUGUCGCACAGAUUCCAUAUUUCUGCUACGUUUCUUGCGUACCAAGAAGUUCAGCAUUCCACUGGCACAGGAAAUGUUGGAGCGCUACCUUGUCAUCCGCCAACUCUAUCCUGACUGGUUCCGAGGACUAGAUCUGGAUGACCCUACUAUCUCAGAGCUCCUUGAGGAGGGAUACAUUGUGCCUCUUCCACAGCGAGAUGACUUUGGUAGGCAGGUCAUCUUGACAUGUGCUGCACGCUUUGAUCCUUACAAGUAUACAGCAGUGGACAUGGUCAGGUGCCACAGUUUGGUAGUUGAGUGUCUCAUGGAUGAUGAAGAGAAUCAGAUCCGAGGAUAUUCCUAUUGCAAUGACGAGUCUGGACUUACCAUGGGGCACAUAAGUUUGUGGUCUUUGAGUGAUAUACGCAAGAUCUUGCAGUGUAUACAGAAUUCUACACCCAUGCGUCAUAAAGCAACACACUUCUUCAAUGUUCCACACUAUGCCAAUAAAGUUUUUGAAUUUUUUAUUGCACUUCUCAGUGAGAAACUUAAGGAUAGAAUCAUGCUGCAUGGAAGCAUUGAUGACCUGAAAGAAGCAGUGAACCCAGAAAUACUUCCUAAGGAAUAUGGGGGAGAAGUCCCUCUUGCAGACAUGAUUGCUCAGUUCAAGAAGCGCCUCCAGGAGAGACGUGAAGCAAUAAAGGCACUAGACAAAAUGGAAAUUGAGCUGAACCCAAAAGGAAAAUAUGCUGCCGACAUGGAAGAUGAACUGGCAGGUAUAGCUGGUAGCUUCCGCCAACUGCAGGUUGACUGAUUAAUAUUCAGUGACGGGAACUAGUCUGAAAACAUCAUGAACAUUCAUGUAGUCUAGCUUGAUUUUACAGGAUCUCAUGAAUCAUAACAUUGAUCAUCAAAUUAAAUACUAUGAUAUUUCCUGGGAAGGUAAAAUUAUGACUAUUUUUCUCUCUAUGCAUUUAUUUAAAUAAGAUGAAUAUCAAACUUGCAACUACUAGGCUAUACUAGGCUAUAAUUAGGCUUUUAUGGUUACGAAGAUAAAACAUUCUUUGUUGCUGCCAUUGCACAAUUAUGUUCCAUUCUAUAGAUUAUUACACAUAUUUCUGCUGGAAGUAGAUAAAAGCAGAUUUUUCCAACACUGGGUUGCUUCUGUCACAUGGCAUAUAUAUGCAGAAUUGUCAUGCUUGUUAUUCCUGUCUACUGAGUUCCACAUGAAAGAAAGUUUGGCAGGAAUAGUGGAGGCUUUGUAGUGGGUGCUGGGUUGUGUCUGUCAUUAAUGAUGACACCCUGCAACUAAAGAACAUUACUUACUCACAGCUUUUGCUGGUUAAGUCACAUGACACUUUAGCAUGUACCAACUGUCUAUUAGUAGUCUGCUGGACCAAAUACAUGGGGCAGUCAGUUGACACAAGAUACAUAAAAAUGGAGCUAAAAUAUUCUGGCUUUGUAGUAUGAUUUUAUGAUACAUUGGUUAUACAAUUGUAGAUUGAGACAGGAAUUACUAGCAACACAAGCAGUUCUGGAUUUCUGCUUAAAAAUGUAGUGUUAUGUCUCAAUAGCCAUAAACUUGAUAACCUUUUCAAUAUAAUGAACAACAAAAACCACCACAACCACAACAACUUACUUGUUACUAGAAACUGUGACCUUCUAAGAUCCUUGGCCUUUUCUAUGGGACAUGUCCAUUCUUUUCUGUUACUUACCUUUUGCCUCCAUCUCUUCAUAUUCAGCUUUCAUAUAUCAUACAACCACUCCUUAGCUGUUUCCCAAAAUUUUCCAUCUGGCAUUUAUUUUUAAGUUUUGUAACAUGCUUUAUUUUAUGAAGUGAUGUUGCCAGGCUGACACUCAAUCCCAAACCCAGGGUUACCAAUGGCUACCUUUUUCUAAAUGCCAGGAGCCUAUAGCCCCAACAGAGUAGCUCUUGGGAUAAUCAUGGCAUGCAAACCUCUCCACUAUAUUAAGGUCAUAAUCCAGGGGAAGGAAUAAUAACAACUUCCAUAUUGUGGCAUGUAAACCCAUUGCUAGAUAAUGACUUCAAAACAAACAAGACAAAGGCUAUUGCUGUGCAACAGCUUCAUAAAUAUGCAACAGUACUAGAGCCAUUGCUAGGCAGCAGCCAGUCAGCAACAGUGGAAAUACUGUUAGAAGUGGUGUUUUCUGACUGACUGACCGUCAGUCGCAAUGGAACUUGGACUUGGACUUGAGUUAGUGCAGUACAGUUGAGUGAAGAGAGUUAGUUGGUAAGUGAGUUAGUUAGAGGACUGCUGCAGUGAAGCUGGUAGCUGAGGUAUGGGGACAGUUCAGGAAAUGAGAGGAAGGGGAAUGUUUGCUGUUGGAAGCUGUUAAUAGGUAAAGACCUGUGAAGUAACAGGAGACUGAGAAGUCUUAUUGUGUGCUGUAGUGAACUGCAGAGUGUGUGAAUUAGUGAUAGCACUGUAGUUAGGUGUAGUAUGAUCUGUAAAUGUUCAAUAAAUCCAAUUACCUAUCCAAACUACAACUAGAGUCUCUCCAUAAAAUCGUGACAAUAUUUUAAUUUAACUGCAUAUAUAUGAUACUCUAAAUAAUUAGCUUCAGCAUAUUUGAUGCUUGAAAGUCCAUAUGGGAUGCAGCAUUAAGACUACUCUGAGAAGUCUUAUGGGUUUUAUUUGCAACAGUGCCACACCUACAAAGCCAAAUUAUUAAUUUCCUGUUUUCUCACACUAGAUCACAAUAUUCAUAUAUUUCUCUUAUGUGACAGUCAUGAAAGCAGUUCAUAGUUUAUAUGUCUAGAUGGAAGAUUUAAAUGUGCUUUAAUGGUGACAUAUUCCUUUUCAUAGAUUAAUACUGCUCUAAAUGCUAAACAUAAGAGGUUACCCCAUUUUCUUAUAUAGGGCAGUAUUCCCUCCAAAAUGUUGCAGAAUGUUUUAAUUAUGUGAUUAAUGUCAUACUAAAUAUGUGUUGCUAGAAAAUCUGUAAUUCUUAUUUUGUAGAUCAUAUGUAUAUGUACUUAGAAGCAAGGAACAACAAAUUUUUAAAUAUGUUUAACUAUAUUAAAAAUAAGCAAAACAGCUGAAGCUACAGGCUUUCCAGAGGUUCACUUUUAUGGAAGGGACAAUAAUCUCGUAAAUAAAUUAUAAGGAUUCCUUACAUUUUUCAGGUCUUCGUAUAAGAAACAAUCUACUGUAUCACGUUGUUGAUAAAUUAAAGAUGUCUGAAUCAGAAUAUAUUAGUGCCCUGGCCACACAGACCUGUGGUUUGUAAUGUACCUCACAAUUCCACCAUACACUAAAACACAAUCACCAUAAGAUCUAUGAGUACAGCUAAUUCCUUGUCUGGCCAGAUUCAUCAUAAAUUAAGGCCCAUUACUUAUGUUGUUCAUGUAUGUGAUCCUAUGAACCGUUCUUACUCAGUUGCUACAACUUAUUCCCAUCAGUACAAGUAUAUACAGUCUGCCCCAAGACUCCCUUUACUCUCCAGGAUAUCUAGAUUACUUUCAAUUUGGAAAUGAAAUACUGAAUAGUUUCAUAAGGUAGUGUACUGCCAUCACGAACAUAAGUCAUAAUUUACAUGAAACAUCAACAUCAGUGUGGACACCACUAUUCCCUGCACAAGGAAUUCUGUGACACCAUGUACAAUGAUUCAUAAUUCAUAACAUGCAAAGUGUGAUGUUUUGGAAAGUGGUAGACAUUUUUCCUUUCAACUAUCCAGUUGUUGUUGUUGUUGUUGUUGUUGUUGUUGUUGUUGUUAUUUGAAGACAUCCUCAUUAAUGACCACCUAAAGUGGAGUGUCACAGGUUCAGAGGUCUGAGGUACACAGUAACCGGUGAAAUGGAGCAGGUAUUGCCAAAUAAUUUUCCUGGAAAAAUUCUAUUGAGGUAUUCACACACCACAAGAGCGUAAUGAGAUGCAUCAUCCUGCCAGAACUAGAAUUCAUCUUAUGUACAGAGAACAUCAAAUUGCGGAACAAGCCAUUCAUUAAGUAUCUGCAUGCAACUGUGCUGUGUCACAGUUGCAUCAAAAUAAUACGGUCCUAUCAAUAAUCUUGCCUUCACUGCUGCCCAGAUCAUGACAUGUGGAGGACUUGUUUCAAUUUCUUUAACACAGUAUGAGUUUUCUUUACUCCAGAGCAUAAAGUCUCUGGAAUGACUGUUGAUAUUGUGCUGAAUAAGACUUCAUAGUGGGAGGCGGUGUUCAGAAUGUAUGAAGCAAAUGCUCACAAGCUAUCAUUCUUCAGUCUGUAUCUUCAAGAGACAUCUCACUCACAAACAUGUGAUGGUAGAGAUUCAUGUGAAGAUCUUUAUGCAAGUGUUGAUACAGACAUAGUUUUGAUGAUUCCAGCUCUGGAAAGCACUUUUGUAAUGAUUUUGUAAGUGUUUGCUCAACUGAUGGAGGAUUUCAUCACUUCUUCUGUCUAGAGCUUUCAGUCUUCUGAAUUAAGAGCAUUCUUCAUGCUAUCUGUCUAAAACAGCUUCUCUUUCCAAGCAAGACAUGUCAGAUCUGACGGAGGAUCCUUCUGAAAAAUAAUUCUUGAAUGCCUCAGAACAGUUCAUUUGGAGCUUUCCCAUUGUUUUGAAUAUCAUGCAACAGGUCAGCUAUUAUUGAUCUUUCUUCAGUUGUAAAGGGGUGUUAGCAAUAGUUUUACUCAAAAUUAAAUAAAAUAUGUAACAGCCACGAAUGAUCAACACAUAACAAAGUUAAGCAAAUAGGACACAGUCAAUGCUGAAAUAUUCAGUAGAGGAUAAAGGGACUUAAAGGGUAGAAUCCACACUCAGAAAAGUGUUCUUUCCAUUUUUAUAUUCUGUGGUGUGACUGCCUCUGUGGUCUAGAGGUCAGAGUUCCUGGCUACAGAUCCAGAG